AUGACUACUCGCUCUGGAUCGAUUGUUGAAGGACUCCCAGGGUUCCUUGAGGAUGAUCUGGAAUUCUUCACUCAUGGAAAGGGUAAGAAGGAUUCAUCUGAUGGGAAGCCGCCGUCUCCGCCGGUUGAUUUGAUUGGGUCUCUCAAUCUUGGAUUGGAUGAGGAAAAGAAUCCUUUGAAGUCAGCAGUGUCAUCUCCCAUGGGCGCCUCUUCUUGGAAUGCCAGCUCUGCAGCUGUUCCGGGGGUUCCACUGUUCGAUUUGAGUCUGCAAGCUUCCGAUCUUAGUCCCCCCCCUAUCAUCGCGCCUCCCUUUAUCGCGAAUGUCACUAGCGGAGAUGAACAGCUGACGACGCUGACUGCUGCAAACACUCAACAAGACAGCGACUACCUGUUACAUGCUCAAGGAUAUCCCCCACCUCCCAUUUUUGGUAAUUUUUCAGUUCCACCAAUGCUCCCUCCCCAGGUCCAGGGCGGAUUAUGGAGUCAACCCGGCCCCCCCUUACAUCAAAUCAUGCGUCAUCACCCUCCAUUUGUUGAAAAUGCUGCCAAUCAUGUGAUGUUCCAACCGCAAAGCAUGCAAUAUAACAUGAAUCAAGCAAUGCUUCAACAGGCUACUUCUCUGGGACAUCAAAUGCUGGCACCGUUAGGGGUAUCCAAUAGGCGGAUUGCUAACGUCCAUCGUAAGAAUGGCCAUCGUCGGAAAGGGGAUGAUGCUGCAAAGUAUGCUAACGCCAAGCUUGAGGAUUUUGUUGGCGACAUAUAUUCAUUGUGUAAAGAUCAACAUGGGUGUCGGUUUUUGCAACGCCAACUUGAGAUCGAGAAAGAAGGCGACCAGCUGGUAGCAGCUUCUAUGAUAUUCAACGAAAUUUACCUCAAAAUAGUUGAGCUUAUGACUGAUCCUUUUGGAAACUAUCUUAUUCAGAAAUUGUUCAAUCUGGUUACAUUUGAUCAAAGAUUGAUUCUCGUGAAGAAUGCAUCUCCUGAGUUUGUGCGCAUUGCAUUGGAUCCACAUGGCACCCGGGCACUUCAAAAGCUUAUUGAAAGCAUUGAUUGUACUGAAGAUUCUGAAGAAGUUGCUCUUUUAGUUGAACUGUUGGCUCCCAACGUGGUCUCACUUCUGAGAGACUUGAAUGGUAAUCACGUGGUGCAAAAGUGUUUACAAAAGCUUCCCCCGGCACAAAAUCAAUUCAUUUUCGAUGCUGCUCUGACACAUUGUGUUGAAAUUGCGACCCAUCGCCAUGGUUGCUGUGUUUUACAACGAUGCUUAGAUCAUGGGUCCACAUCCCAAAAAGCUCAAAUGUCUCGGGAAGUGGCAAAUAAUGCUACUCAAUUAUCCUUGGAUCCUUUCGGCAACUAUGUUGUUCAAUAUGUUUAUUCUCAAGGUGAUCAGAACCUGAUUGACGUUAUUUUGGCACAUGUUAAACGUAACAUCAUUACACUCUCACUUCACAAGUUUGGGUCAAAUGUCAUCGAAAAACUGUUACGAAUGUCGAAGUACUCCGAAAUUCUUGUUGAUGAGUUAUUGCAACAUGAAGACAAAUUUGAGGAGUUGUUGAACGAUGCGUACGGUAAUUACGUCUUGCAGACAAGUUUAGACGUCGCUCUGCCGAAGGCCGUCGAGCGUUUGCUGGCUUCUUUACAACCUUUGCUACCACAAAUCAAGAAUACGCCCCAUGGCCGCCGUAUUAUGACAAAAAUUCAGGCCAUUAUGUAA